UUGUAGCCACAGUCGCAAGUUUCUUGCGAUGACAUCAGAAAAUCGCAAACGAGUACAAAAAGCACAGUGGAUUUGCUUGAUCGAAGAGGAAGGCGAAGACAACUAGUAAAAGAGUGACCAGCACAAGCGGAUUUCGCACGAUUUAGCAGUACAGUACAACACUUCACCAUUGUGCCAUGGAGUUUCCAGAUCUCGGAGAGCACUGUACAGAAAAGUCAUGUAAACGUCUUGAUUUUCUUCCAAUGAGAUGUGAUGCCUGUGAAGAAAUUUUCUGCAAAGACCACAUAACUUAUGCAAAUCACAAGUGCACUUCAUCAUAUAAAAAGGAUGUCCAGGUUCCUGUAUGUCCGUUGUGCAACAUCCCCAUUCCUAUUAAAAGAGGGGAAAUGCCAGACAUUAAAGUUGGGGAACAUAUAGACAGAGAUUGCAAAUCUGACCCUGCUCAGAGGAAACGAAAGAUCUUUACAAAUAAAUGCUCCAAGGGAGGCUGUAAGCAGAAAGAAAUGAUUCGGGUGACAUGUGAUCAGUGCCACUUGAACUUCUGUCUCAAACACAGACAUCCACUCGACCACGACUGUAAGACUGAUGGAAAGCCCGUCACCAAAUCAGGGCAUGCUGCUCUGAUGAGGGCUCAAGCCUCUUCAAGUAAUGUCGCGCCGUCAUCCACUAGAGGAAGCUCUAGGACUAUGUCAAAUGGAGUAACCGGAAACACUAGACCUCAGAGCAGCAGUGCACAGAGGUCGAGUGCCGCAUCAUCUCUUCCCGUGACCCCUACUGCACAGAAUGUAAUACCUGCAUCAGCUUCAUAUCAGGCCGGGCUGACAGAAGAGCAGGCCCUCCAGAGAGCGUUAGAAAUGUCACUGGCUGAAUCUGCUCAGCCAAGCCAGCCUACUCUAAGCCCUCAGGAGCAGGAGGAUCUGGCUCUUGCUCAAGCUCUGGCUGCUAGUGAAGAGGAGUACAGACGACAGCAGCAGAGACAACAGGUAGCCAGAAACCUUAGCGGUCAGUAGCAUGCUAUGCUAACAGGACCUCAGAUAGGCAGGGGUUUCCAAACAGUCUAGUUGCUCCCUGUCUUAAUGUGACGUGGCACAGACCGAAUUGAAUCUGCCCCAGUCUGCACACGAGCACCAAUAAUGUACCAGUGAGCUGCACAUGUCCAAUGUAUUCCUCGUUCCAGCACAUGAAGCUUCUACUUCCUGAAUCAACACAUCUGAAGGCUAUGUUGAUGUUUUUCUGUUCUGCAUCACUUUGUAGUGUGCUCAUUUUUAGAUUUUGCCAUUGUGGCAAGUGGUGCUUUAAGUAAAGAUUUUAUAUAGUUAUCAUGUUAAUCUAUCGAUCAAUAUAGAUGUCUUUUGAAAUAAAUUAUUUAAAAAUUU